CAAAAUGGUUCAGAAUAUUUUUGAAUCGAAAUACUUAUGAAUAUCGAUUGUACUAACAAGUCGCCGCUUCUGAAUUAGUACUCGUGCUUACUUCGGAAGUCGGAACCCUACAAGUACGAUACAGAACGUUUAUUCUGAACAUGUGACGUGUGUGUACACAUGGUCGAUCGGCUGUAAAUGCAGCUACAUUUCCAGUUCCAUUCAUAUUGUGAUGCUACCUACAGUUUGUGACUUGCGUUUAAUAAUCUUAUUGAUUCCUGGAUGCAUCAUCUAAGAAUUAACCGUGUGUUUUAGUGUUUUUAUCCCCCGUCCUUGUGGUAUGCACAGUGGGUUCCAUGUGCGGAAUUCAAUCGAUAAACCUUACAGCCAUAAUAUACAAGUUAACCAUCAACGCUGGCAACAUCACGAAAACCUGCAGCGCGCAGCAGCAGCUCGGCGCGUUUUAUGUCAGUGAGUGUGCUUAACAGCUGGUCGUUCCGGAACUUUCACCUUCGAAAAUUAGUCGAUGACGCGGGAUGCGCAGCGCCCAUUAUGAUCUGUCCUGUGUCGUAAUUGUGUUAGCGGACAUAUAUGUAAAAAAGGAUAUAUCCCGAGGAUUCGGCCGGGGCCUGACAGCAUAAUCAGUACAACACGGCGGUUAUGAAUUCGCAGCCCAGCAAGAACAGCGCUCAGGCAGAUAAAACAGCGGCGAAAGCUGCGGCGGCUACGUCAGCUGUUCAGCGUCAUGAGGCACCCAAUGCAUUCCCCUUUCUGGAUAGCGCCUGUCGCGUCUGUAAAUCCCCCUCCACCGGCGUCCACUAUGGCGUGGCGACGUGUGAAGGUUGCAAGGGCUUUUUCAAACGAAGCAUUCCGAAGAGCCAACAUUAUAAAUGCUAUUUUGGUGGAGAUUGCGAAAUCAAUAGGGAAACCCGUAAUCGCUGCAAGGCAUGCAGAUUCCAGAGGUGCGUCCAAGUGGGUAUGGCACUGGAAGCGGUCAAGAUGGGCCGAAUUCCCAAAGGCGAAAAAGAGCGCGCUAUGCGCCUCCUCGAAGCAUCGGAGGCAGGGAUCUCGUCCGAAGAACGACCUACCAAGUGCCUUAAAGACGCUAGCACCAGCCGCCACCACCGCCAGCUCGAUACCGUUAUCGAAUUACUACCCUUGUCCAGUCCUAUCUCAUCCGCGCCUAUUAUGGGCACCUCAAUUGCAAAAGUAUUUCCGCCUUCGAAUCCUCCUAGUGCACCAUCUAUCACUCAUCCUGCAUUUUCCUCGGCGACUGACGUACCAUCUGUGCUACGACUGCAACAAAGUGCCAAAGCGACGGACGAUGUCCGGAAUGGUGAUUACGGGCAGGAAAUCAACCAUUGGCUAGCCUCUCUACCGUCGACGAGCAGUUUGCAUUCUCCCGUGAAGAGGGAGUCUGUGGAGUGUUACGGCGGCAGCUGGUAUGCGGAUAACACUAUGACCGGUCAGAAACCCAUGACAAGUCAUGCGGAAAUACCCAGCGGCCACCCGAAGCUCGUACCGUAUCGUUCGCAUCCCGUGCCAACAUCCUCCUUUUCCGGAGGAGAGGCUGUGAAUAUUAGUCGUUCAGAAGCUGUCAAACGGAGAGAAAUUGCUCGCUCACUGUCCGAUGGUCCGCGGACGGUAUCCAGCGUUGUACAAAAUACAUUUCGUUCUGUGCAUUCACCUCUGGAUACUCUACACCUGCCAACAUCCGGUGCAACAUAUUCCCAGCCGGACUUAAUGCGUCUGUGUAUCAGUCAGAAUGAUACGGAGCGCGAUCUGUUUGGACAGUGCUCACCGGCGCCUUCAUCGUUAUCUCUCCCGCUAACUCCCCUGACUCACUCAGGUAAUCAAGCGUGUGGUGGUGGUGCGUCUUCGUCUUGUAUGAGCAUAACCGAUUCGGGAUUUGGCUCGCGUCCAGAGAGCACCUUUACUAGCUGUAAUUUUGAUAUCGAUCUUACCGACGACCAAAGCUUUCCAGAUUUGAAUUCGACCGCUGCUGUAGCAUCUGCUGCUUCCGGUCCUGAUCAUUUUAAUCAGGGAAUAGAUUCAUUUAAUCAUUCAUGGAUGAAAUGCGACCCUGUGGGCCAACAGCCGGCACCAUCACCACACGACAGCCUUUCCUCCUCACGGCACCUCAAUGGUACAUUACUGUCAGUAUUUGCUAAUGUCGCGGAUAAGGACCGGGCGGCUUUGCUGGAUGAUGUGGUAGUCAAGAUCGAUAGGGUUGGGAAUGAUGUCUACCAACAGGAUACCAGUGACAGUGUGGAAUUCAUGGUGAAAAUGUGGCAGGAAGGCCGGUUGAAUGGAACGGAACGGAUUAAUGAUCCCGAUAUAACUGUUCUGGUGAUUCGGGAUCAUAUUAAAAUAAGCUUGGAUCGGAUUGUCAGCUCCAUUAUGCAGUUUGCAUCUGGAUUACCCGGUACAACAGAUCUCCCUGAGACGGAUUUCCAGCGUUUAUUGGAGCAGUGUGUCUUCGAAAUUUGGAUGAUUCAGUAUGCUGCAUUUCUUGUCAACAACGAAAGCUAUAUUAUGCUCCGCUCACCGGAACGUACGAUACAGUACAAUCGGUACUGGAUGUCACAGUUUCUACCGGAGAGGAUGAUCGACAGUAUUAUGAAAUUUGCUGAUGAAAUUAAUCCGUGUCAGUUCACAUUUUUGGAAUUGAACAUUCUGAAAGCCAUUGUAAUUGCCUGUCCAUAUCGGGAAGGUUUAGGUGAUGCCAAAAACGUACAUUCCCUUCGAAAUCUGUAUCAGCACACGCUGUAUCAGGUGUUCAAACGGCGUGGUACUGCCUUAAUAGCGGAUGAGAUGAUGGCCAACGUGAAUGUUUUGAUGCCCAAAUUGACCGCUCUUAAUGAACUGCAUAAGAAAUGUAUCGCACCAAUAGUGCUGGAUAAAGAUGAGCAAUGGAAAGUGGAUGAAAAUAAUUAUAAAUGAAAGAGGAAUAGUGAGGUUUUUUAAAUUUGUCUUUCUGUAUAGAGUUUGCUAUUUGUGUAGGGGAAACUGAUUAACAAAACUGUAUUUUUCGUUCAAUUUUUGACAAUUGUUUUUGGCAAUCAUUGUGCGAAUAGUCGUGCGCCAGAUGGAUUUGCCGCCGGUCUCGCAGUUUUCAGUGAUAUUAUUAUGGAUUUUUAACGCACCGUCCCUGAACCAUUUUGAUGUUUUGCACCGGGAAGUGAAAAUUUAUCGUUUGAAAAUGUAUUUAUUUUUGGGUUCUGCCUGGAAUCCGGAGAAAUUGUUGUUAGAAGUUAGAACUAACUGGUUAUGUGGAUUAUUUGUAAUAAUCCGUCCAAUAGUUUGACAGUAUUGUGCGAUGAAUAUAAAACUUUAGAA